AGUGAACAAAAGAAUAUUUUUCGAUAAAAAAAAGUAUGAAAAAAGGAAAGAACAUGAAAUAUACUCUUCCAUUUUCUAUCGCUAUUGUUAAUUUUUAUUAAUUAUAGAAAAUGUAUAAAACGUUAAAUAUAUAAAUAUAAUAAAUUUACUAUUAUAUAUAUUAAUUUUUGGUGUUUUUUCCCAGUGAAAAAUUGAAUUUCAUUUCAACUUUUUCCAUCUUAUUUUGCCAUCUUUGAGUGAUUUUCUCUGGCUCCACUCCACAGAUGUCGCUACUGUGCAACUCCAGGACCUAAUUUCUUGUGUUUUUCACCGUCGCGCUGCAGUCGCGAUUGUCUGAUUCAUUCAUUUCGUGGACGCCCUAACAAUUUCCCGGAGAUUUCCUGGAAGGAGUUCUCUUUCCGCCCCAGUAACACUGCGAAAAGUGUUCGCAUCGACCCCGUGAAGGUGCAUUUGGUGGAGUUUGCGUGAAAUACGCACUGAAUACCCAGUAAAAGUGAGUGUGAAAAGUGCGCGACGGAACAAAAAUGUCAGAUUUCGGCUCACUUGCGAUGAAAUGGGAUCCCAAGAAUCUGGAAAUCCGCACGAUGACGGUGGAGAAGACGCUGGAGCCGCUGGUGUUGCAGGUGACGACGCUGGUGAACACCAAGGGGCCCAGCAAGAAGAAGAAAGGUAAAUCCAAGCGUGCCAGCGCCCUCGUGGCCGCCGUGGAGAAGGCCACGGAGAACUUCAUCGAGCGCGGCGAGCAGAUCGCGUACGAGAAUCCGGACAUCACGUCUGAGAUGCUGACGGCCGUGGAGGAGGUGCGCGAGAAGGGCUCGUCGAUGAGCAUCGCGGCGCGCGAGUUCUCUGAGGAUCCGUGCAGCUCGCUGAAGCGCGGCAAUAUGGUGCGCGCGGCGCGCAAUUUGCUGUCCGCCGUGACGCGUCUGCUCAUCCUGGCCGACAUGGUGGACGUGCACUGUCUGCUGAAGAGUCUGCACGUGGUGGAGGACGAUCUGGACAAGCUGAAGAAUGCCUCCAGUCAGGACGAGCUGCUGAACAACAUGCGCCAGUUCGGCAACAACGCCAACGAGCUGAUCAAGCAGGCGGCGAAGCGCCAGCAGGAGCUCAAGGAUCCGCAGCUGCGCGACGACCUGGCCGCGGCGCGCGCUGUGCUGAAGAAGCACUCCACGAUGCUUCUCACGGCCUCGAAGGUGUACGUGCGUCAUCCGGAGCUGGAUCUGGCCAAGGUGAACCGGGAUUUCGUGUUCAAGCAGGUCUGCGAAGCCGUGAACACCAUCAGCGACGUGGCGCAGGGGAAGUCUUCGCAGCCCACCGACAUGUACUCCGGCGCCGGCGAGCUGGCGGCGGCACUGGAUGACUUCGACGAAGGCAUCAUCAUGGAUCCGCUGGCGUACAAUGAAGUGCGCUCGCGUCCGUCGCUGGAGGAGCGCCUGGAGAGCAUCAUCAGCGCCGCAGCGCUCAUGGCUGAUGCCGAUUGCACGCGUGAUGAGCGUCGCGAGCGCAUCGUGGCGGAGUGCAACGCCGUGCGCCAGGCGCUGCAGGAUCUGCUGUCCGAGUACAUGUCCAAUGUGGGCAAGAAGGAGCAGAGUCCGGCGCUGGAGCGCGCCAUCGGCCAGAUGUGCCGCAAGACGCGCGACUUGCGGCGCCAACUGCGCAAGGCGGUGGUGGAUCAUGUGUCGGACAGCUUCCUGGAGACCAACAUGCCGCUGCUGGAUCUCAUCGAGGCCGCCAAGAUGGCCAACGAGAAGCGCGUCCGCGAGAAGGCCGAAGUCUUCACGAAGCACGCGGAGAAGCUGGUGGAAGUGGCGAAUCUCGUGUGCAGCAUGUCCAACAAUGAGGAUGGCGUGAAGAUGGUGCGCUACGCCGCGGCCCAGAUCGAGACUCUCUGUCCGCAGGUCAUCAACGCGGCGCUGAUCCUCACGGCGCGGCCUAACAGCAAGGUGGCGCAGGAGAACAUGGAGGCCUAUCGCAUGGCGUGGGAGAAUCAGGUGCGCAUCCUGACCGAGGCUGUGGACGACAUCACCACCAUCGACGACUUCCUGGCCGUGUCUGAGAAUCACAUCCUCGAGGAUGUGAACAAGUGCGUGCUGGCGCUGCAGGAAGGUUACGCCAAGGAUCUCCGCAUCACCGCCGGCGCCAUUCAGGGUCGCUCGGCGCGUGUGUGCAACGUCGUCGAGGCGGAGAUGGACAACUACGAGCCGUGCGUGUACACGAAGCGCGUCCUGGAGGCGGUGAAGGUGCUGCGCGAGCAGGUGAUGUCCAAGUUUGCGCAGCGCGUGAAUGUGGCGUGCGACGCGUUGGAGUCCAAUUCGCAGAAGGAUGUGGACGAGAAUGACUUCAUCGACGCCUCGCGGCUGGUCUAUGAUGGCGUGCGUGAGAUCCGUCGAGCUGUGCUAAUGAACAGGAGUUCUGAGGAUCUCGACACGGACACAGAGUUCGAACCGGUCGAGGAUAUGACUCUGGAGACGCGCAGUCGAUCGAGCGCUCACACUGGCGAAGGCACUGUUGAUGAAUAUCCAGACAUUAGUGGCAUUACCACUGCAAGGGAAGCGAUGCGAAAGAUGAAUGAGGAGGACAAGCAGAAGAUUGCACAGCAAGUUGAGCUCUUCCGUCGUGAGAAGUUGACAUUUGACUCGGAGGUGCUGAAGUGGGAUGAUGCCGGCAAUGAUAUCAUCUUCCUGGCCAAACACAUGUGCAUGAUUAUGAUGGACAUGACAGACUUUACACGCGGCCGUGGCUCAUUGAAGACAACAAUGGAUGUCAUCAAUGCGGCGAAGAAGAUUUCUGAGGCGGGAACGAAAUUGGACAAACUCACGCGUGAAAUUGCCGAACAGUGUCCUGAGAGUUCCACGAAGAAGGAUUUGUUGGCGUAUUUGCAGAGAAUCUCUCUGUAUUGCCAUCAGAUUCAGAUCACGUCCAAAGUGAAGGCUGACGUUCAGAACAUCAGUGGGGAAUUGAUUGUGUCAGGACUCGACAGCGCAACUUCUCUUAUUCAGGCAGCGAAGAAUCUCAUGAAUGCCGUUGUUCUCACUGUGAAAUAUUCCUACGUGGCGUCGACGAAAUAUACUCGCCAAGGAACAGUUUCUUCGCCAAUUGUGGUGUGGAAGAUGAAGGCGCCGGAGAAGAAGCCUCUUGUGCGUCCUGAGAAGCCGGAAGAAGUGCGCGCAAGAGUGCGAAAAGGAUCACAGAAGAAGGUUCAGAAUCCUGUUCAUGCACUGUCAGAGUUCCAGAGUCCGGCUGAUGCUCUUUAAAGUGCCACGAAAUGGCAGGUAUUUUUUAUAUUUCAUUUAUAAUAUUAUUCCUUUUUUUUACAUAAAAAUUAUUCUCUUGUGUAACUGAGAAAAAGAUUACAUGCGGUUUUUUUAUUGUUUGGAAAAAUUCCUUGACUUAUUUAUAAGAGAGAAAUGAACACACACACACAUGAGAAUAAUAAUGAAUAGAGAGCGAUAUUUAGAGAAGAUGAAGAAAUGAUAAAUAUUUAAGAGCGCAGUAUUAGUGGCAAUUUAUUUUUUAUCUUUUAAAGACACUAUCGAAUAUUUUUUACAACACAUUUCAAUCAUGCAUUUUUCUAUAUAUAUAAUUAAUUGUGGUGGAGAAUAAAAAAAAUAGCGAUAAUUAAUAGUGGAUUUAAAUAGAUUUGGAAAAGAGAGAAAAAAAGAGUAGAGAGACAAGAUAAGCUUAAAAAUGCAACUUUAACCACCAGUUUUUCCCCAUUAAAGAGAAGCAGAAAGAAAGAAAUAGUAAAUAAAUUAUGUGAAAGAGAUAAAUUCUAUGGAUUGCGCAAAAAAGUGAAAUGUUGGAAUUAUUAGAAUGAAGCAUAAAAAUGACACGAGAAAACAGUAAAUUAAAUAAAUUAUUAUUAUAUAUUUUAGCGAAUAAUGAUUAUGAUGGAAAUAAAACCUUGAAAUUACUCUA